UUGGACGAGCAGCGCGUCUCGUUGUUUGAAGUUUAAUAUUCUCGUAUAAUUAAAUGUAUAUGUUUUGACUUUGAAAAAAAAAUGUUUAAAAAAUAUGAAGUGAGAUUCGUGUAGUGAAAGUUUUGUGUAAAUUUAAUGAUUCAUUAAUUUCAUUAAUAUUUGAUCGGGAAUGGUUUUGAAAACCAGGCGAGGCGCGAGUGGAGGGCAGUGAAAAUGACGUCGUUUCUGGAAAACAUGAACGACACAGUGACUAAGGCUUACGACGAGGGUUUUCCUCUCCUCAUGCCGAGAUGGGGAUACGUGGCUUCCGCUUUUGUGCUCUUCCUAAUCGGCUUCUUUGGGUUUUUCCUCAACUUGAUGGUCAUUCUCCUCAUGUUCAAGGAUCGACAGCUCUGGACACCGCUGAACAUAAUACUCUUCAACCUCGUCUGCUCGGACUUCUCCGUGUCCGUUCUCGGGAAUCCAUUCACUUUGAUCUCGGCUCUGUUCCAUCGUUGGAUCUUCGGGCACACAAUGUGCGUUCUGUAUGGAUUCUUCAUGGCAUUACUUGGUAUAACUUCAAUUACAACGUUAACGGUCAUAUCUUUUGAGCGAUACCUGAUGGUGACCAGGCCUUUGACCUCUCGCCACCUAAGUUCGAAAGGAGCGGUUCUGUCCAUCAUGUUUAUCUGGACGUACUCGUUGGCACUGACCACACCGCCGCUGUUGGGAUGGGGAAACUAUGUCAACGAGGCCGCCAAUAUUAGUUGCUCCGUGAAUUGGCACGAGCAAUCCACGAACACUUUGACGUACAUCAUGUUCCUGUUCGCUAUGGGACAGAUCCUGCCGCUGUCUGUGAUCACCUUCAGCUACGUCAACAUCAUCAGGACCUUGAAACGAAACUCGCAGCGUCUAGGUCGAGUGAGCCGAGCCGAAGCACGCGCCACCGCCAUGGUUUUCAUAAUGAUCAUCGCGUUCACCGUAGCCUGGACACCCUACUCUCUCUUUGCUCUGAUGGAACAGUUCGCCACUGAAGGCAUUGUAUCGCCCGGGGCGAGUGUGAUACCGGCACUGGUAGCGAAGAGUUCUAUAUGCUAUGACCCUCUCAUCUACGUCGGUAUGAAUACACAAUUUCGUCAAUCUAUCAAACGUAUAUUUGGCAUUCAUACCAAAUCGAAAAACUCGCACACCGAAAGAGGCUAUAAUAAUACUCUGAUGUCUCCAGCUCACAAACUAUCGCUGAAUAAUACGAAAUUUAAUUCUGAAACUAAUUCAUCAACCGCAACUAAAGCUUUGAAAGACAAGAGAGUCUUCUACGAAGAUGCAUCUGAUGUUACUAAUCAAGAAUACCAUAGGCAGUAUACUAGGAACCCGGAUUUGUGUACCAUACAAGAAAAUAAGACCGUAUCGGAUACUGAUCGCUCAGGGGAGUCCGCCUAUGACGAUUCUAGCAGCAACAGAAAAAUUGAUAUGUUCGGUGAAUCUUGCAGAGCCGUCAACGAAAAAUCUCCUGUACUGACCAUAAUGGAUUCUGAAAGAUUACUCUUUAGUAAAGUGCCAUGUCGCAAAGAUGACGAAACAGAAGCAUCAUCGUCCAAUGUAUACGGUAAUACAGCUUUUGAAGAACACGCUACUGAUGACACUAUGAAUGAUAAUAGUAAUGCUGAGAACGAUUACAAGAACUAUGUGAGACACAAGAUGAUACGGCAAAGUUUCUCUUUAGAUUUCCCACGGUAUUCAAGCGAAAACAAAAAAAGGAAAUUGUCAAUUGAAACCAAACUGGAAAGUUUGAUGCAACCGAAGAGUUUUCUCAAAGGCACAAUUAGUAAGCUCUUCGAUCACGAAUACAAACAGGGCCACGAUAGCUUCAAAAGUUAUUUGUGUGAUAAAAGUGGCACGGGAAAUGACGAGUUGUAGUUCAAUCUAAGUAAUCGUCCUACGGGAUAAUUGGUAAAUGAAUUAUCGAAUAAAAGUCUCCUGAUUCUUUACAGUAAAUGAUGCCACCGAAGAUAUAGGCACUUUUGCCAUUUGUGGUUUGUAAGAUAAAAUUAUGACUUUGUCUCCGCUGUCUCUUCUCUAAUCAGACCGAGUCGGUACCAAUUUAGGCCAGAAAGGUGCUGAAUAGAGACACGUAAGUACGUAAAUUAAUAAGAAUGAGAAUGUAAAUUAAAGAUCUGUGAUAUAGAUACGAGUGCCAAGAAAUAAGAAACCAGAAAAAUGUACUUAUGAGGUAGGUAAAUUAGAAUUUAAAUACGGGCAAGAAGGAAAAGCCAUAUUGGAGGGUAGAAAAAAACAUUUAAUUUGCUGUAAUACGUAAUCAUACAUAUUUUAAAAUAUUUUGGACUUCAUUAAUUUAUAACACAUGCUUAAAUUAAUAAUUAAAUUGUAUUUAAAAUAUUGAAGGGUGCUUGAAGAGGCUCUAGAGGUCCAGAAUUUAUCAAAUUGCUGUGGGAUAUUUUGCAUUUUGUAUAAAUGGUCGUAGAAUUUAAUAUAAUACUGCAUUCAACGAAUGCUAUUUAUAUAUUGCGAUUGUCAUUUGGUGACUUUACCAUUUUUAGUGAUAUAAGAAUUUAAGAAAAGAUUAUAUUAUUAGACGAAUAAUUUUAUGUAAUUAACGUUGAAUAUUUGGAAUGUCAAUUGAACUUAUUAUCGUGUAAGAUUUAUUAUAUCAAUAUAAUUAUAAAAUUGUUAUAUUAUAUUCAUUCACAUUUUAUUCUGGUACUUUGAAUGAGUACUGAAAAAAGUGUAAUUUUUAAUGAAAUUUGCUCAAUGAUUAUUGCGGAUAGAAUAUUCCAAAUUGACGGCUAACGGUGGAGUGGUACAAGAAAAAAAAUAUUUAUUGUUCGGCGGCUUAGAGUAGGUUAAGAAAAUUAUUAUUUGCUAUUGUAAAAAGAUUGUGUGAUAUUAUAAAAAAAAAUGGAAUUAUGUUGGAUUUACUAGUUUGGUAAUCAUCAAAAAUUUUUGACUCUAUCAACAAUUUUUUAUUUUAGAUUAAGGACGUAUUAGAAUUCGGUGUGCUCAGGUCUCGCUUAAAAUACUUAAUUAAAAUUAAUUUUAAUAUUAAAUCUAGCAUUUUUGUUAUCAUUAUGUUAAACGUUCGAAUACUUGACAAUUUUCGUGGUCAGUAGCUACUGACAGUCUUUAAUAAAACGCAAGAUUAAAUUAUUAAGUUGUUUUAAGUAUGUCUACAACACACGAAUACCGAAGAGAUUAUUAAAAUGCUUAAUUUUUAGCCAAUAAAACAAGUUAUGGUAUUUUUUACCAUCGCACCGCCCGCCACCGGAGUAGAGUUCAUCCAUACUACCUGGAGCCACUGCGGUCAUCCACAGUGCGUUUCCAGAGAUCUUUUUUGCCACGUACCAUCCGGCUAUGGAAUGAGCUCCCCUCCACGGUGUUUCCCGAGCGCUAUGACAUGUCCUUCUUCAAACGAGGCUUGUGGAGAGUAUUAAGCGGUAGGCAGCGGCUUGGCUCUGCCCCUGGCAUUGCUGAAGUCCAUGGGCGACGGUAACCACUCACCAUCAGGUGGGCCGUAUGCUCGUCUGCCUACAAAGGCAAUAAUAAAAAAAAAUUGCUCUGAUGGUUCGGAUUUUCAUUGACAAAUAAUGUGAAUAAGGAAAUUAAAUGUUUUAGAUUAUUCUUACUCCAAUUUAUAGUUGUUCUCACUUGAGGACAACGAAAUUUCUCAACAGAGAAAAUUAAAUGAAAAUUGAAUUCCUGUUGUGUAACGAUUAUUUGGCUUUAUGAAGAAGGAAUUCUAUUAUAUUUAAUUAUUCUAUUAUACUAAUGAAGGAUUCAUGUUUUCUUAAGUCUUAAAAUAUUGUCUAAUGUGACCAUUGUAUUCUACGUCACACAAAUCGAUUUAGUUAACUGUGCGUGUUUAUUAGGUACUAGAUGACCCGGCGAACUUUGUUCCGCCUUAGAGGCAAUAAAUGAGCAGACUUUUGAUUUUAUCAUGGUCAAUUUCUUAUUUGGAUAAUUAAUAUAAAUUAAAAUAGCAAGUAUUUUAAUGAUACUUUAUUGGCCAUGUAUUUUAGCUGGUAUUAUUAUUAUUGUAUUUUCUUGUUCUUCUUCAGUCCUUUCACUCGCACUGUUUCGAAUCCUAGUUGCAUUACGGCUUCGUCGGGAAAGAUUUGAUCGUGCUGGUCGCGGCAUGGCUUUCUUAAUGAUUACUUAUCUCGGCACAAUAAAUAUAAAUACGAAACAAACACACCAAUCGGUCAACUUCAAAAUUCUACUAUAAUUAGCCAUAGACUACAUUACGUUUAGCUGUCAGUUGCAUUUUGUUAUUCCAUAUCAGUUGCGUUUUUUUAUACCACGUUUUAUGUCGCGUCCCACGGGAGCGUGAUAAAAAGUAUCCUAUGUCCUUCUCCUGGUUCUAAGCUACCUCCCCACCAAUUUUCAGCCAAAUCAGUUGAGCCGUUCUUGAGUUAUAAAUAGUGUAACUAACACGACUUUCUUUUAUGUAUAUAGAUUAGUGACCUCAUUCAAUCUUGGUUCGAUUAAAUAAUCUUGGAUUACAAAAAUAAUAACCUUCAUAUUAUUACCCCUCUUUAUUCUAUUAUUUAUCUAUAUCGUAUUGCUCUAUUUAUUCCCAGUUCGUUUUAUUUUUAUUGUAAUAAAAUAAUUUAGUCCCCUUGUCUUUUGCUAUUCCAAAAUUCAUGAUGAAUCAUGAUGAACUUGAAUCAAACGAACUAGCCGACCUCAUUAGAAGACAGUUCUUUAUCGAUAAAUUACUGGAAUAUUUAAGUAGUGGUUUUUAUCGUGAAGUUAUUUGUUAUGCACCAUCUUUCCAGCCACAUUUUCGCCUGCAUGUAUGUACUUCACUAUAUAUUACCCGUGCUCGGUCGUGGGAGGCAAGAUAUUUCCCAGCGUUCAAGUUAUACCCAUACGGAACUAAGUAAAAAUUGGUUUAGAGAUUUGGGCCUAAAACGUGAGAGAUAUAAUUAAUUGCCUUCGUAUUAAUAUUCUAUUGCUAUGUAGUAACUUUUAUCUACAAGAGUAAAUUUAAUAAUGUUUUCAAUAUUUUGGCAAUAGCUGAUUUCUAUGAAACAAAUAUUAAAUUCUGCUGCAAAUUAAUUUCUAUCUACCGGCGAAAAUCCAUUCAGCAUUUCUGGAGAUUGCGCGAUUUGUCCAAACAAAGAUGGAAAAUUAUUAAAAAAAUAGCCGGUGUUUCUGUUAUUUUUAUUACUUUUAUUCAAUGUUCAGACAUACCGGUGUGGCGUUAGCCAUCACCGAACACAAGAUAUUCAGUCCGAGUUGACAGAUGCUUGAAUCUCGCUUAUGACAUUUUCAAGAUAAGCUCACAUAUAUACAAGUUCCGAACAACAACAUUCGGACCGUCAGUCUAGCGAGCAUUUUCACCCCCUCGGUGGAAGAUAUUCUGUUCAUAGUUCUACCGGUGACACCGAUGUAAUUUGAAUACGCAACCUUCUGAUCUGGAGUCAGACGCACAGGAUUCUACACUUUCAUUAUAUUAUUAUUGUUGUUAGCGAUGACUAAUAAGUACAGCUCACACACAAACCCUUCGAGAAUGGGGAUGGAAAAUUAAUAAUCCGGUUUUUUUUUAAAGCCAACGAUCUAUAUUUGAGAGUUCACGAUUGAAGGCUUGUAUUUUUAAAUGCUUUCAAAAAGGGAAGAGGUUCUCAAUGUCAAUGUUUUCUUUUUACAUCCGAACUUUUUUCUGGGUGAACCGAUUUUGAAGUUGAUUUUUUUUUAUUUGAAUAAUCAUAUGGUUCUAUUGAAUUUUUAUCACGAUCUGACCAAUGGUUUUUGAGUAAUCCUUAGUAGUGUUUAAUUGACUUCGACUACGUUUAUUUGGGAGAAGUCAGUUUUGUUCUUUGUACUUAUAGCCGUAGUAGCUCUAUUUAAAUGUGGAAUCGUAUCAAUUUCCCGCACUUAUAAUUUUCUCAUAAUAUUGUGAAAAUAUACAUACAAUACAUACGGGAUGUCAACGAGUCACACACAGACCUCGUUUGACCAACUCGUUUGACUCUACCCCGUAACAAUUAUACUUGUAUAUUCAUGUAAUGGCGAGGGCGAUUGUGAUAAAGACAGCUGCUCAUCUACCGCAGACACACACGGCGUUUAUUUACGAAAAGAUAAUUACAAUUACUUUUACGGCUUUAUCUCAACGUUUUUGUUAGUAACGUGAUUGUUAGUAAAAUAUUUAUUUAUAUUUAUUUAUAUUUAUAUAUAUUUUAAUGUCAUGAUAUUAGUGUGGCACCUGUGACAGAGAAGCUGAGGAGUGCGCGUUUGGGAUGGUAUGGACAUGUCAUGAGACGAAAUGAAAAUGAGGUUGGUAAGAGAGUGUUAACUAUGAAUGUGGGAGGAUAUAGAGAAAGAGGUAGACCUAAGAAGAAAUGGAUGGAUUGUGUGAAAGACGAUAUGAGUAAGAGGGGAGUGAGCGAAGAAAUGGUAUAUGAUAGAAGAGUAUGGAAGGAGAAAACAUGUUGCGCCGACCCCAGGUGACUGGGAGAAGGGCAGGAUAAUAAUGAUAUUAGACGACUCUUUCGAAUAAUGAACAGGUUUUAUAGAUUCAUAGAUUCGUUCUGUGUGAAAUGAAACAUAAAAUUAGACAAUUUUUUUUUGUUGAAAAUAUACGUUAGUGUGAACGCGAUUUGUAUGGUGGUAGGACCUCUUCUGACUCCGCACGGGUAGGUACCACCGCCCCGUCUAUUUCUGCCGAGAAGCAGUAAUGCGUUUCGGUUUUAAGGGUGGGGCAGCCGUUGUAACUAUACUGAGAUCUUAGAACUUAUAUCUCAAGGUGUGUGGCGCAUUUACUUUGUAUAUGUCUAUGGGCUCCAGUAACCACUUAACACCAGGUGGGCUGUGAGCUCGUCCACACAUCUAAGCAAUAAAUAAAAAAAAUCGACGAAUAAAGAUUUCGUCGUAAAACAAUGACAAUAAAAGAAGCGAAAUUAAGGCGUCUAUAUGUAAUUUUAUUUAUGUUCACAACUCGCCAAAUAUUAUUAUUACAUUCUUUUUAUGAACAUCCACAGUUAACGUAAUCGUAAUUAAAAAUGUUUUAUUAAUUAUUGACAAUAAGAUGUGUUAAUGUGUAAAUUAGAUAAAUUAGCACACAUUUAUUUGAAGGCUUUGUAAAUGUCGUUUUUAUUAAAUAAAAUUUACAUUCAAGGUGUUGUAAGGUUAAGAAUGUUUCGAAGAGAAAAAAAAAACUGUUGGAUAUUGAACGUAAUGGUGUUUUUUUUUUGUAAUAAUUUCUCUUCCCUUCAAUGGUCUAUCAUAUUUAUAUUUCUGUAUUUACCAAACUAAAUGUUAUAUCUUGUUCUUAGAAGUGGACCAUCGGAACUCGUAAAAUUCGAAUUCUGUAACAAUUGUUGUAACUAGAACUUGAUUGAGUUUAAUUAACAUUAAUUUUUACAUUUUUCCAUUGAUAUAUUAACUAUAUAAAAAAAAAAACAGAUAAUAAUGAGACUCUAAAUGUGAGGGUACUCGGACUUCGGUAGUCAUCGAAAAGCUUAUAAAUAAUUGAAUUAAUUAUUUUCUAUAUGUUUGAUUAAAUUAAAAUAUAUUGUCUAUGUUCGCCUCAUUGAAUGUUUGAAUAAAUUAAAAAAUAUUAUAAA